CCGUCGGCUGCCUGUAGUGGUCUGUGAUAGGCUGAUAGGCUGCAUGGUGGAGAGGGUGAACUGCAGCAGAGUAGCACCGCUACUGUCAGGAAACAGAAGACCACUCCACGAAUGAGACUCGCAUAAACCAACCAGCUGAACGAGGACGGUUUUUACCUGCGUGAUUUACCAUGACAACUGAAUCAGGCGCCGACUCGGAGGCCAAGCAGCCGCAGGAGAACAAGGAGACGGAGAAGGGGAAAGCCAAAGCAGCCGAACCCACCUCGCCUCAGAACCAGCCGGAGCAGCUUCCCGCCGCUGCUGGACACAGCACCCCGGCCAGGAAAGAACAGGAGCAGCAGGAGGGGGACCAGGUAUCCCACAGGUCGUCCACCAGUCGUCUGUCCAGGUCUCCUUUGAAAGGAGUGAAGAAGGUGAAGAUGAUGGAGUGUAAAGUCACCAUGCUCGACGGCUCCGACUUCACACUCAACGUGGAGAAACGAUCCAAAGGCCAAGUGCUCUUUGAUAAAAUAUGUGAACACCUCAAUCUACUGGAGAAUGACUACUUUGGCAUCACACACAGAGAUGUAGAGAAUCAGACGAAUUGGCUGGACCCUUCCAAGGAGCUAAAGAAGCAGAUCAGGACCGGUCCCUGGAGCUUUGCUUUCAAUGUCAAGUUUUACCCUCCAGACCCCGCCCAGCUGACUGAGGAUAUCACAAGGUACUACUUGUGUCUGCAGCUGAGAGAUGACGUGGUUUCAGGCCGUCUGCCCUGCUCCUUUGCCACCCACACGGUGCUGGGCUCCUACACAGUGCAGUCUGAACUGGGAGACUACGACCCCGAGGAACUAGGCAGCGACUACAUCAGCGAGCUGCGCUUCGCACCCAACCAAACCAAAGAGCUGGAGGAGAAGGUCAUGGAACUCCACAAGACCUACAAGGGGAUGACACCAGCCGAAGCAGAGAUACACUUCCUGGAAAAUGCCAAGAAGCUGUCCAUGUACGGCGUGGACCUCCACCACGCUAAGUUGGUAGGGAGUCUCUAUGAAUGCUUGGCUCCAGCUGAGGGAGAGGACUCUGAGGGUGUGGAGAUCAUGCUGGGAGUUUGUUCAAGUGGCCUGCUCAUCUACAGAGACAGGUUGCGGAUCAACCGGUUCGCUUGGCCCAAAAUCCUCAAGAUCUCUUACAAGAGGAACAACUUCUACAUCAAGAUCCGGCCCGGCGAGUUUGAGCAGUUUGAAAGCACAAUUGGUUUCAAGCUUCCAAAUCAUCGCGCUGCCAAAAGGCUCUGGAAGGUCUGUGUUGAGCACCACACCUUCUUCAGGCUCAUAUCCCCCGAGGCGCCGCCGAAGAAGUUCCUGAGCCUCGGCUCCAAGUUUCGCUACAGCGGCAGAACGCAGGCUCAGACCCGCAGGGCCAGCUCUCAGAUCAUCAGACCUGCUCCGCUCUUCGAACGCUCCGCCAGCAAGCGCUACAACAUGUCCCGCAGCUUAGACGGAGCACCCAUUAUGGAGAACCAUGAGACUCUCAUGAAGGACAGCGCCACUGACGGGGCAGCCAAAGUCAUCGCCAAGGGAGACAUUAUCACCACGGUAACGACAGAGAAGAAGGCUGAGGAAGAGAAGGAAGAGCAGGAAGACACUCGGAUGGAUGCUGUAGAGACGCCAGAACCGACUGCCACAACACCGCUCAGACAAGACACAAAGUGCUCCCCUCAUGUAUACACAAUCGACCCCCUCCGCUCCGAGCUCUCACUCCCCUCAUCCCCUGUUACAUCAACUAAAGUACGGCGGAGGCGCAGGGAGAGCACGCGUAAACGGGCCUCGUCGGUCAGUCCGGCCAAGAGCAGCGCUGGGUGCCGCCGCCGGCAAGCCCUCGCAGACCGCAAAGCCGCCCUGCUGGACGAGCAGGUGCUGCUGCUCUCGGCCCGCAAGCAGAGGCUAGAGCAGGGCAAGAGGCGCGGCGGCACGCUCUUCUCCUUCUCCCUGCACCUACCCGACCUGUCCUCCUUCCUGGACGAGGACGGCUACAUCUCCUUCCCCGAUCUGACGGAGAUGCGCUUCCUCCCACUCUGCGCGCAGAACUUCCUCCCCAUUAAGUCCCCGUCACUCAUCCCUUGCUUCCUCUUCAUUUUCUUCUUCCUGCUCUCCACCUCCUUCUCCGUCCCCUACGCCCUCACCCUCUCCUUCCCCCUGGCGCUGUGCCUCUGCUACCUGGAGCCCAAGGCAGCCUCCCUGACCGCCUCCAUAGCCCAGGGCUACCAUGACCAUGACAGUUCAGAGGAAGAGGAGACUGACAGCGAACAAACUGACUUUGCCUUUGAUGGAGAGAUGACCGCCACAGAGUCGGACGCAGAUGAGGACUCUGAGAUGCGGACUCAGUAUAGUUUCAUAAGACGAGUUAAAGGAGAAAACGUUUUUAUCAAGCAUAGUAAUCUGAUGCUAGAGGACAUCUCGCCUCCGGAAGAGCUGGUCAAGCACCAGACUAACAUCAGCGAACUGAAGCGCUCCUUCCUGGAGACAGGCGACAGCACGCCGGGCCUGACGGAAUGGGAGAAGAGACUCUCCUCGUCCCCAGCGCGCUCACCCAGAGCGGACGAAGCUCCGAUGAUCGAGCCGCUGGAGCCGGAGGAUACUAAAGACGAGCAGCCUGCAGGAGGAGAGGCAAAAGAGGAGGUGGAACUUAAAGCCACUGAGGCGGCAGGAUAUCUGGUGAAAUACGUGGUGGAUAGUAUCGCGACCGAUUUGGCCACCUCCUCGGGGCCACACGGGAUUAGUCUGUCAACCACUAUGGACGACGACGUCUUCAUGGACGCGACCCUCAGGGAGGCGGAGGAGGUGUCGGAGAGGGCGGAGAUGAAGGUCAGCCCCGGAGCCGUCAGACAGGAAGUGUCCCAGGCCAUCACUGACAAGAAAGGGACGCUCAUUAUCUUGAAGGAGGCGGAGGAUAAAGCAGAGGGCAAAGAGACGAGUGUUGCGGGUGAAGAAGAGGAGCCUGUUGUCCCUGGAGAGGCCGAAGCUGAAGAUAAUGAAAUGCAGUUUGCCUCUAAAGAGAAAGAAGCUAUCAAAGAAGAUGCUUCUGUUGUUAUAGAGGCCAAAACCACAGAGACGCAGAGUCCGAAGAUGGAGAUAAAAACUGACGACAUGACUCAGAUUAAAGGUACUGACUCGCCUAAAAAGGCCAUGGCAUCGUGGAUAUCUGAGGAGGUGAAGACAGAGGCUUCGGAGGUCAUCACAAAGGAAGUAAAAGAGAUGGAGACGCCUGACGAUCUGGAGCAGGAAGCAGAAAUCUUCACCUUCGAAGCGGUCCAAACGGAGCAGUCAAAGUCCAGCCUGAUUCAGAUUACAGUUUCUGAAUCAUCAUCUACAUCCUUAGCAGUGUCUACGCUCGGAUGGGUUUCCUCCUCUGAAAAGACAUCCGCUGAACCGGAGGAGAAGGCGGUGGUUGCCACGGAGACAGAGGCAGUACCAGUCGAGUCGACAGGGCCAACGAGUCUCGAUGUCGUCGAGGUGGGAACCAAAGAGAUGCCUGUAGUCCACACAGAGACAAAAACUAUCACCUAUGAGUCUGCAGAGGUCGACACUAACGGUGACGUCGACCCCGGGGUGUUGCUGAGUGCUCAGACCAUCACCUCGGAAACCACCAGCACCACGACAACCACACACAUCACAAAGACGGUUAAAGGAGGAAUAUCAGAGACGAGAAUUGAGAAAAGGAUUGUCAUCACAGGAGAUACAGACAUCGACCACGAUGAGGCUCUGGCUCAGGCCAUAAAGGAGGCUAAAGAACAGCAUCCUGACAUGUCAGUGACCAAAGUAGUGGUACAUAAAGAGACAGAGAUCACGCCAGAGGAGGGGGAGGACUGACCCAGGAGUAACUCUGAGGGCUGUUUUCUGUUCAACCUCCCAGAAUCCAACACCCACAAAACUCCUCAUAUUACUCCUCCGGGGACUCUCAGAAGACUAGAAAGGCUCCUCCUCUCCAAAUGCUGCAGCCCGCCGCUAGUCAAAACCAUCACCUGCAAAUUAAACAAAUGCAUCUUGCAUGAGAAGGACACAACAUUGCAUUAUCAAACAGAUUAUACUGAAAAAACGUACGAUUUAAAAAAAAAAAUGGUUCUCGAUUUCCACCUGCACGCCGACUCCCUGUGUGUGCAGCAAGCAGAACGUUUGCUUUCACUGCCUUAUGAAUUUGAUGCAUUUUUAUGAUUAUUGAGAAUAAUUAUUGUAGCACCGUUUUAUUUAUGAAAUAAAGCCAUCACUCCAGACACUUAAAUACGCUGUAGGCUGCAUAUGUUAGGGAGCAUACACUAUUUAACCUUGUUGUAGAAAGUGCCAACCUCAUUUGCCAGCAAGCAUCGCCUCACUUACUCCAACAAGCCCAUGAUUUUUCCAUCAGGUAUGCCACUACUCCAGAGAUCACUACGGCCCACUUCUGUACAUAUCCAAGCUUCCCUAGGAGAAUAGCAAAUUAUCUUUCACCGUUGAUUUGUCACGUCUACUUGAAUUGCAUUUUUCCUUUUUAUGAUCAUUUCAGUAUUUUUAGCGUUUUCCUCAUCGAUUGAUUCCACCGAGAAGUUUCUGUUUUAGGCGAAGGAAUCAAGAUUUCUGUGAGAUUUUUAUGUGCCUGAGCAGGCUUUGAAUGUCCUCCAGGGUAGAUGAUCGGCUGCAGCACAAGUCCCAGGUUGUGUGACUGUGAGGCAAAGGGCUCAGACUGCCGAGCUCUGCCCAGAAUUAAAUGCAAAGCCAAGAGAGAUCCGUCACCCCCCCACCGCCCCUCCCACCCUGAACAUGUCAACUGUACGUCUCCUUCAUCUGUCCAACUGUAUCUGAAUAACCGAGUAUUGUUUGUGUACAGCCAUGUUUUCCUCAAAAUGGUGAAAUAAAAGUGGCAAAUACAUUUGUUUUAA